AUGGAUUCUCACCUUUACUCUAUACCGAAAGGCAUUCACGCCAUUCCAACACAUGAACUUGAUCUCAGACCCGACUCUGAAGUCGACGCUGUACUGCUAAACCCACCACCGCCCUCAUCGUCUUCAGAAAAGAACAUUUGGCUCUUCUGGCACUCGGGCUACAGCACAAUGCACCCGUAUACGCAACGCACCGUACGUACCUAUCACCGGCGCUUCUCUUCAAAAGGCUGGACAGUCCGCGUAGUCGAUCGCGCCGCAGGCUCUCCUUGUAAUGUGGCCAACUACCUCGACAUCGAAGACCCAGAAACCUUCCCCAAGGCGUUCCGCGAGGGGACCAUCACAGGAACAUACGCCUUGCAACACACUUCCGACCUCGUACGCUGGCCACUGCUCCUCAAGUACGGCGGUGUCUACGUGGACGUCGGGCUGAUGCCUAUCGGCGACCUGGACCAACUCUGGAACGCGACGGUGGGCGAUCCCAACUCGCCAUGGGAGAUCCUGAGCAACAACGCCGGCGGGCCCGACGAUUACGACCUGACCAACUACUUCCUAUGCGCCGGUAGGGACAACGCAGUUUUCCGGCGCUGUCACAGACUCUUACUGGCGCUCUGGGCCGAGGAUGGCGGGAAAACGAGCACGGAGGGCAUGUGGAAGAACCCUCUACUUCGGGGCCUUCCACUGCUAGGCCAGAGCUUGUCGGACCAGGACAGCAGGGAUCUAACCGACUAUAUCAUCCAGGGCCAGGUGAUGCGCAUGGUCUUGGCAUUGGUCGAUGAGGAGGACGGCUGGAAUGGGCCCGAGUACGUCACUCGGCACAUUUACUCAUUGGAGUACAUGGUCGGCUCACAGCUGAUCAACGAGAUGACGGCGUGGGACGGCCCCAGGGCGUUUGAGCUGAUGUCUCUCAAGCUGCCCGAGCCAGGCGUGCCCGAGACCGAGGACCAGAAGCUGGCCAGAGAGAUAGUUGAGGCGUGUCUGUCGAGGAGUUUUAGCUUCAAGUUGGCUCACGGCAUAAUUGUUCGAGUGGUUGGUGAGACGCUGGGGUCGCUGUGGAAGGCGAACCAGGGCUCCGACAAUGUCCCUGGGACUUAUGCUCACUGGCUGAGCUUUCAGUACCCGGAAGCGGGCCUGGGAAACGGGCUCAAGUACUCCAACGCUGGUCAAGUAUCCCUCAAGGAUUCAUAG